AAGGCACCGGCAGUCAACCAGACUACCAUCGUACCACAUGCACACAGUUCUAAUACAAACACAGGAUGUGCUCGGAACGUUUUCCAUUUUUGUGAUUGUGCGAGUUGUGAUGGUGAAUUUUUGACUGUUUUGACCAUGGAAUAGAAGCGAAAAAAGCAAAAAUGUCAACCAUCGUUCUCCUGUUUGUCCUCGUGACAACCGCCCUCUGUGACGACCUCUUGGACGAAUACGUGAGACACGUUGAUGACGUGAAUAAACCAAAUAAACUGCACCAAAGACGCCCCCGACGCGACGUUGCGGAUAAAUGGACCCAUUCCGAGGUGUUGGAUAAUGUCGGUGAUGUGGUUUUGAGGUGGCAACCGCGACACCGGGAGAUCCUCUUCAGAGUGGAGGCGAGGACAAAGGGAUACGUUGCGAUUGGUUUUAGUCCUGAUGGAGGCAAGGAGAAUGCGGAUAUCGUCAUGGGAUGGGUCGACGACAGGACUCUCCGGGCUUAUCUCCUGGACUGCCAUGGGGUGCCCGACAGCCAAGGAAGUGUUCCCAUCAAAGAUGAAAUUGAUAAUUAUACACUGAUGAGUGGGAGCCAAAACGAUACGCACACUGUCAUCGAAUUCAGGAGGGUUUUGGACACCUGUGACCCCCACGACUACGUCCUAACAGGAGACACGGUUGUUGUAAUUUGGGCUUAUCACAACACCGAUCCCCAAUUAGGGGCCGAAAUGAUCUACCACGGAGACAAAAGGGGCGCCCAAAGUCUCCAUUUGCUGGGGCCUCCGCCGGUCCCCAAGGCCGCGGGGGGCAACAUCAGGAACUGGGACGUAACGCUACAAAAAUUUGAAAUAAUCAGCAACAUGAACACCGUCUACUGGUGCAAGAUCUUCAAAGCCCCCACUCUGCAGCACAAGCACCACAUCGUGGGUUACGAGCCCCUCAUCGGCCCUAACCACACCUCCUUCGUGCACCACAUGAUCCUCCACGAGUGCGAACUCGAUGGCGAAGACUACCUCAAAUGGGAACGUUUCUCUAAAGAGACCGGCCGAUUGUGCUACGGCCCUAACAUGGCCCCCGAGUGGGAAAAAUGCCUCACCCCCUUGGUAGCCUGGGCUAUCGGUUCCAAAGGCGAAAAUUACCCCAAACACGUUGGACUUCCUCUCGCCGCCAAGAAAAAAUCAUUUUACAUGCUAGAAGUCCAUUUUGACAAUCCGGCCAUGAAGCAAACGCAAGACACGUCAGGACUUCGACUUCACUACACCAGCGACUUGAGGGAGAAUGAAGGAGGGAUUUUGACAACGGGGAUUGCAUUGUCAAGCUUACAUUUCAUCCCUCCGUAUCAGAAAGAAUAUAAAACGGCCGGUUAUUGCAACAUGGAUUGCACCAAAGCGACGUUUCCGAAAGAAGGGGUUCAUGUGGUUUCGGUUAUGUUGCAUUCGCAUUUAGCUGGGAGGAAACUAAAGUUGAGGCAUAUUCGCGCCGGGAAAGAACUCCCACCAUUGGCGCAAGACGAGCAUUAUGAUUUCAACUACCAACAAUCAAGGGCGUUGUCUCAGGAUGUUAUAAUCCUUCCAGGAGAUGGUCUUGUGACCGAAUGUACUUAUUCUACACUUAAUCGGAAUAAACCCACACUUGGGGGCUACUCCACCAAGGAGGAGAUGUGUCUAGCUUUUGUUUUACAUUAUCCGAGGACGCAACUUGCUGGUUGCUACUCCAUGUCACCCAUAAAAUACUUUUUUAAAAAUUUAGGGGUUAACAAGUUCUACGGAAAGAAUAUGGAAGAAAUUGAAAACAUUUUCUUGCAUGGAGAGGCUGAAACUGAUCCAGUUUCACCUUCAACUUCACCAAAUCAGCCACUAUUUCCGUACCAACCGGGCGACGAAAUGUCACCAGAAGCCAACAGAAGGGCGAUUAUAGCCCUGCAAAAUGCCAAAGAUUAUACCAUUGAAGGGGAGACUCAUGAUGGACAAACAAUGUUUGAUAAGUUAGUGAUAGAGGACCCGGAGGAGUUUAGGAAUAAGUCGUUCAUGGAUCAUUUGCAAGACAUUCCCUACAACGAGUCUUUGAUCACCAGGAAAAUGGAGGAGUAUUUCUACACAGGGCUUCAUCUAACCUUUUGUAGGAAACGUGACGACUCACUUGCUAUUAAAGAAAGUAUUGUGAAUUUCCCAAACUUUACAGUUUACUCCGAUGACCAAAAAAUCCAAUGUAGCUUCAAACUGAAACGUUCACCCUCAUCGUCAGUGUCGAUAAAAUCGAGAUUUGUUACUUUAAUCAUUUUGGUAAUUCUCCAGUCAGGUUUAUAAAUCAACCAAUGUAAAUAAUGGUCGUGUACAUAUCAUCCACCAAAUAAUUAUUUAUGACUAGAUUUAAGUUUCAAUGCUGUGAGUUGAUUAAGUCAUGCGGAUACAUGUAUUCGACUUUUUGUACUUAAUAAACGUUCUAGUUUUAA